AUGACCGCCAGCGUUAACAACAACUCCACGAUCGUGGGCCUUGGUAACUCAACGACAAAUUUGACCGAGACAUGGAAACCGCCGCUGAGUACUCGUGGACGCUAUAUCAUCGACGCCAACAAUCGCCGGUUCAAAUUACGAGGAGGCAAUUGGCAUGGCGCUUCGGGCACCUACUUGGGCCGAGGCGACAUCAAUGAUGAUCAAAACCACCACGUAGGCGAAAAGGCCUACCAGACACCUUUGUGCCUCGAUCGGGUCGCCAUCGAUGACAUUGUCGACUCCUUUCUCAGACUGGGAAUCAACUCGGUCCGGCUGCCGUUUUCCAACGAAAUGAUUCACACGACGGCGCAAAACACCAUUCCAGACUCCGCUCUGGCAGCCAACCCGCAACUCAAAGGCAUGACACCCUUGGAGAUCUACGACGCUUGCAUCGAGGCGCUAACCAAGAAAGGAAUCGCCGUCAUUCUCAACAACCACACGGUGAAGAGCAUCUGGUGCUGCGGUGUUGACGUUAAUGCACGAUGGAAUGGCAUCCAAUCAACCGAGACUUGGAUCCAAGACUGGCUGUUCAUGGCUCGCAGGUAUAAGGAUAACGCACGAGUCGUUGGUGCAGAGCUGUACAACGAGCCAAGGAGAGACUUUCUCUCUGAUCCGGUCUGGGGGAGCGGAGGAAACACCGACUGGUGGCAAGCGUCUUUCGAAGCAGGCACUCGUAUUCACCGAGAGGCAAACUCCGACCUUCUCAUCAUCGUCGAAGGUAUCAACUAUGUCGGUAUACCCACCCGCUUCACCACCCACUACCGCCCAGAACUUCAGCCGGUGGCCAACCUCUCUCAUGCAUUUCCAUCUCCAGACAAGCUCAUCUACUCUUCACACUUCUACGCAUACACUGGACCCAAUGCCACAGGUGGCAGCGACAUUGGAGGAACAGAUGACGCCCUCUACCGAGAUCUGGAGCCCUCCGUGCUCUCAAACACCCUCGACACGCUGGCCUUCUACGUUGCGACGAGCCUGUCGGAUGUGCAGAAGCACUACACGUCGCCCGUCUGGAUCAGUGAAUUCGGAAGCGGCGGUCGAAGUGAUACACUGGCGGCAGAUCGAAGCUGGUGGAACCGCUUUUGUGGGCUUCUGAGACAGCACGAUACCGACUAUGCCUACUGGCCCUUGGUGGGCUGGCAGACUAAUGGGCAGGGAGACGGCUAUGCACUGAACGAGUGGGAUGCAAACGGCCAAUUGCUCUCCAUCACCGAUCCCGGUGACUGGCGCUUGGAUGCCUACGCGGCAUUGCAAAAUGACACGAAUCUGGGACAGCAGGGUAUGGUUCAAGAAGUACCUCGAUGGACGAUGCUCUACCCUCGGCUUGGCUCGGCGCAACAAAGCAACGCGCUCGCCCAGUCGGGUGGUGGUGUCAACGGCCUGCAGACGGGCGAUCGAAAAGCAAGCUGUCCAGAUGGAUUGAGGCUGGCUGCCCUGAGCCAUCAACAGGAUCCCUCUGCGCUCUGCACCGAUGCAACUUUCGGUAGAGACCUUUGGAACGGCAGCGUGUCGUCCAGCAAGCUCGAGGUUGUCACAACCGAAGUCCAUGUGCAAAGAGGUCAAGAUUGGGCCAAGGGCUUUACCAAGUUCCAAUGUCCAGAAAGGAGCUUCCUCAUCGGCUACUCUUACACGGGCGAUGCUUCCGUCUCAGCCAUUUGCGCGCCUGUUGUAGACCCAAACCGGACACUGCCCAGUCAGAUUCGUACCGUCUGGUUCAACAAAGCGACCAAUAUUGACCAAAAAAAUGAUCACGGAAACUUUGCGACACCAGGCCAGACAUUUGGUGCAUGUAGAGACGACGAGCUGGCCAUCGGCUACGCCUUUUCGAUACACGACAAUGGUGGCUGGCCUUCUGCACUCCUAUGUCAAACCAACAAUCCAGCUGGCAUCGUCGAUGGGACUUUGCAAAAUUAUCAAACGCCCUCAGCUGCCCUUCUCCUUCUCGUAACAACAAUCCUCUGGACACUGCUUCAGCGCUUUUAA